AUGAACCCAGAGAACCCACCACCAUAUUCGGGCCCAGGCCCAUCAGCCCCAUAUCCCCCUUAUGCACAGCAACCGAUGGGGCCUGGACCCUACCCUCCAGGACCAGGAUCCUACCCUCCAGGACCCUAUGCUCCAGGACCCUACCCACCUCCUCAGGGGUAUCCCUACCAAGGAUACCCACAAUAUGGCUGGCAGGACGGAUCUCAGCAGCCUCCUAAAACCACAGAAGAAGCAAAAGGACAGUUCUUUGUUGGAGGCUGCCCCGUGAGCACCAGCCAGCCAGCCAGCCAGCUGGAAGUUAGGAGAGACGACCCCUUCCUCUACAUCCAAGGUUGGGGAUGA